AUGUCGCAGCUGAAGCUGGCCCCCGGGGCCACCUUGUCUGCCAAAGAGAGCAGCUGCGAUGGCGUCUGUGGACGGCGUCCGUUGGCAGGCAGCCACAGCCUGCUGCGAGUCGUGGGGGGCAGGGAUGCUCUGCCGGGGACGUGGCCAUGGCAGGUUAGCUUCCAGCUGCCAACGCGACAGGGCUUCGUGAACACCUGCGGAGGAACCCUGCUCAGCUCUCGCUGGGUCCUGAGCGCCGCCCACUGCUUCCAGAUAGAAGAGGAGAUACCAUGGUAUAAGGUGGUGCUUGGGAUCAACCGGAUCUCCAGCCCUGGUCCUGAUGCCCAGAAAAGUUUGAUCAAGAGGGUGAUCAACCACCAGCUAUACCAGAACGAACUGAACAAGACAGGUGGAGGGAUAAAACACGACAUUUCCUUGGUGGAGCUGGCAGAGCCGGUCAGCUGCAGUGACUACAUACAGCCAGCUUGUUUGCCAGAUAAGAGUGUGACGGUUUCAAAGCUCGUCCAAUGCUCCAUCAGUGGCUGGGGAACCAUGGAAGUGAAAACAAAAAGACAGCCAGACGUUUUGCAGGAGGGGGUUGUUAAACUCAUACCCCACCAAACAUGCAGCAGCAAGUUCUGGUGGAACACGCGUAUCCGUGCUGAGAACCUAUGCGCUGGACAUGAGAAAGGAGAUAUCACUACCUGUCAGGGUGACAGCGGAGGGCCCCUCAUGUGUAGGGAGGAAAGGUCUGAGCGGUACUGGGUUGUUGGAGUCACCAGCUGGGGACCACAGGACUGUGUUGGACUUCAGAAGCCAGGUGUCUUCACCGCCACACAACACUAUGUUGACUGGAUCACAAGGAUGACCAAGGAGAAUCUUUUCCAAGCUAGCCACCAGCCACUCUUGGCUCAGGCCUCCACCUUUCCCUCAGCUCACACCUGGGCCCAGGCCUCCACCUUGCCCUCAGCUCACACCUGGGCCCAGGCCUCCACCUUGCCCUCAGCUCACACCUGGGCCCAGGCCUCCACCUUGCCCUCAGCUCACACCUGGGCCCAGGCCUCCACCUUGCCCUCAGCUCACACCUGGGCCCAGGCCUCCACCUUGCCCUCAGCUCACACCUGGGCCCAGGCCUCCACCUUGCCCUCAGCUCACACCUGGGCCCAGGCCUCCACCUUGCCCUCAGCUCACACCUGGGCCCAGGCCUCCACCUUGCCCUCAGCUCACACCUGGGCCCAGGCCUCCACCUUGCCCUCAGCUCACACCUGGGCCCAGGCCUCCACCUUUCCCUCAGCUCACACCUGGGCCCAGGCCUCCUCCUGUGACGAGGCCCACACAAUGGAACAUGUCUCCAGGGACAAAAUGGGGCAUCAGAAGAACCUAUCCUGCUCAUCGUCCCUGGACAGGGCCUGUGAUAUGGGGUCUCACACGACCUUUCUGGACAAGUCCCAGAAAACGGUAUCAUAG